GAUUGGCGAAGCAGAGCAACCCUUGUGAGGGAGUUCAUCACCUCCGGGUCGGAAGAUCCGCUAGUUACUGCAGUGAUGUGAUAAUUGAACAGCUUCUGCUGCAGGCACAUUAUUGUCACUUAGUUGCAGUGCACUAGUCCACUUCCAUCUCACUAAGAAGCGGGAUGACAGCAAGGAAUUGCUCAGGUCGACAAUAGAAAGUUCUCACUCCUCCUCGUCACCACAUUCCACCUCCUCGCCGCCGCCGCAAUGUCCCCCCCGGCCCCCUCCCCCUCCACCCUCACCACAAGCGACGGCAUCCGCCUCACCUACACCCAAACCGGCCCCGCCUCCGGUCCGCCCAUCCUUUUCAUCACCGGCUGGCGCCAAGCCGCCAUCGAAUGGCGCAAACAAUCCACCUACUUCUCCGAGGCCGGCUUCCGCGUCACCACCUUCGACCUGCGCGGGCACGGCGACUCGGAGGAGCCCUCGUUCGGCUACCGCAUCAGCCGGUUCGCCGCGGACCUGGACGACCUGCUCACCCACCUCGACCUCCGCGACGUCGCCAUCGUCGGCCACUCCAUGGGCUGCUCCGUGGCCUGGGCCUGGUGGGACCAGUACCCGUCGUCGUCGUCGCGCUCGCGCGUCGCCAAGUUCGUCUUCGUCGACCAACCCGCCGCCAUGGUCAAGGACCCGGCCUGGACCGACGAGUACGCGGCGCAGAUCUCCGCCACCUUCGCACCCCUCGAACUCUUCGGCUUGGCGAGCAACAUCUCGGCCCAGCUCGAACCGCUGGUGACGGGCAUGUUCACCCCCGCGGUGUCGGAGAGCGACCUGGAGUGGGUGCUCGCGCAGAACAGGAAGAUGAGCGACGAGAACUCCGCGGCGCUGCUGGUGGAUCAUGCGUUUGCGGAUUGGAGGGAUGUCCUGCCGAGGAUCACGGUCAAGAGUCUGGUGCUGGCCGGGGAGGUCAGCGUGUUUCCGCCCCGGGGGAUCGAGUGGGUUGCGCAACAGAUUCCCGGGGCGGAGGGGUAUACCUUUACCGAAGCGGAGAAGGGGAGUCAUUUUAUGUUUUGGGAGAACCCGGAGAGGUUUAAUGAGGUGGUGGAGGCGUUUUUGAGAAAGUGAGUGUUGGGGAGUGUGUGGUAUGGAGAGCGGCGGGUGAUGUGUUGCGUAGAAUAGUAGUUGCAUUGGCUGGCAAGCCUGGGACUUACUUGGUGCCGCGGCGGUGGAAAUGAGGGUGUACUGCCUGCUUGGGAUAGUACUAGGUAGGUAGGCGAGCCGACCGCAACUGGAUAGGGUUCCACGGGCCGAGCUUUCGUCCCGCUUUCUGUCCCCUCCUUUCAGAACAACAGCAAGGGGCUGGCGUCUUAAUACAUUCGCCGAACUGGGUGUGGUUGCCCCGAGCAUAUGUUUCUGACAUAACGAUCCUCCCCCCAGCCAACCUUGGGCGAAGCCGACCGUUUUUUUACUGGGGCUUAGUGACAAGAUGCCGAACCCCGUAUCCCGGC